AUGACUUUCCACAAUUUCCUUCUUGGUCUCCUGAUCACUUUAAUGACAACCCUAGUAGCUAUAGUUUUUGCCUCUGAUGACUCCACCAAUUCACCAAAUAUGUACCCAUUUACUUGCUCUGAUUCUGAAGACAUCAAAAUUUGUAAUGCCUCACUGUACCAUACCAACUACGACAGCUUACAGAAAGAACAGCUUGCUUCCAUUUAUGGUGUCAGCCCAGCCCAGAUCAUUUCUAUUUCCUAUGCAAGCCGACAAGACUAUCUUGUAACGGUACCUUGCUCGUGCAAAAAUAUCAAUGGCACUGCUGGAUACUUCUAUGAUGCAAUCCACAACGCAAGUCAAGGAGAAAUUUUUUCUAACGUUUCAGCUCAGAUUUUUAAUGGGCAAGCUUGGUGGGUUGAAGAUGAAGCGCAUUUGUUUAAUACAGGAUAUAAUUUCUCCAUGCAUCUGUUGUGUGGGUGUACAAAAAGCAAAUCCCAAAUUGUGGUAACAUAUACUGUUCAGCAGCAUGACACAUUAUCAGAAAUUUCAACCAGGCUAUCAUCUACAGUAGGUGGCAUACAGAGCAUGAACAUAAAUCUGAUUAAGAACCCAAGUUCCAUAAUUGUGGACUGGGUGCUGUUUGUUCCCAUGGACAGUAAACCGGCCUCUGGAAAAGGUGAAUACGAGUUCUUUCCCAAAUUUUCAAGAUCAGGAAGGGGACACAAAUGGAUAAUAAUCGUCGGCAUACUAUCUGCUCUGACAGCACUUUCAAUCAUCACAUUGGUAAUCCUCCUCCUUAGGAGAAAAGGAUGCCGACAGAACAGUGAGGACGACUCGAAACCUGUAUCCAAAAGCAUGAGCACGAACAGAGCAUUUUCCUUGCAGGAUCUGUACAAGGAAAGUAACGAAGAUGGGACAGCUUUUGAAUCAGAAAAACCAGUCGUAUUUAGUCUAGAAGAGAUUGAAGAGGCUACAAAAAGCUUUGACAAAACGAAGAAAAUCGGAGAGGGUGGAUAUGGAUGUGUGUACCAUGGAUUAUUGCGAGGACAGGAGGUUGCGGUAAAGAAGAUGAGAUCAAACAAAUCCCAUGAGUUUUUUGCAGAGCUCAAGGUCUUAUGUAAGAUCCAUCACAUAAAUGUGGUGGAACUUCUGGGUUAUGCCGGUGGAGAUGAUCACUUCUACUUGAUUUAUGAGUACGUUCGAAAUGGGUCACUUAGUGAUCACCUUCACGAUCCAUUGCUAAAAGGUCACCAGCCACUCUCUUGGACAGCAAGAGCACAGAUUGCACUUGAUGCUGCAAAGGGAAUUGAAUACAUCCAUGACCACACCAAAGCACGCUAUGUGCACAGAGAUAUAAAGACAAGUAACAUUCUACUCGAUGAGGGACUACGAGCAAAGGUUGCGGAUUUUGGAUUGGCAAAGCUUGUUGAACGAACGAGUGAUGAAGAUUUAAUAGCAACACGACUGGUAGGAACACCAGGCUAUCUUCCACCAGAAUCUGUGAAGGAGCUGCAGGUGACUUCCAAAACUGAUGUAUUUGCAUUUGGAGUAGUUUUAGCUGAGCUGAUAACAGGACAACGUGCCCUUUUGCGUGACAAUCGAGAGAGUACCAAGAUGAAAUCACUCAUCACAGUUGUCUACAAAAUUUUUGAAGAUAAAGAUCCAGAGACUGCUUUAGCAGAUGUCAUAGACAAAAAUCUUCGCAACAGCUACCCCAUGGAGGAUGUCUACAAGAUGGCAGAAAUUGCUGACUGGUGUUUGAGCGAGGAAGCAAUUAAUAGACCACAGAUGCGAGAAGUAGUUCAAAAAUUAUCCAUGAUCGUAGUGUCCUCAGUAGAGUGGGAGGCUUCGGUGGGAGGGAGCAGCAUAUUUAGUGGGGUUUUUAAUGGAAGAUGAACAAAUUGUAAUUUUCAAGUCUAUGGUGUGUUUUUGGAACGUCUUUCAUUUAAUUUUAAGAGCUUAAAAAGACCCAAAAACAUGUGUAAUUAGGAUUUGCUGUGUUAAUUUAAUUUUGUAUCACAAUGGUGCUAGUCACUAACUUUUUAACCCAUUUAGGGUGGAGUAGUUUUUGUUU